GUUGCUGCCUAGCUUUCCCACUUGCUUCCUUGCCUGCCUCUGGCUGUCUUGAAUGCCUGCUUCUACCAGUAACCUAUAGGUCUGACGAAGCAGGGACCAUGUCUACCUUUGGCUACCGAAGAGGACUUAGUAAAUAUGAAUCCAUUGAUGAGGAUGAACUCCUGGCCUCCCUGUCAGCUGAGGAGCUGAAGGAGCUGGAGAGGGAGCUGGAAGAUAUUGAGCCUGAUCGCAACCUUCCUGUGGGACUAAGGCAAAAGAGUCUGACUGAGAAAACGCCCACAGGGACAUUCAGCCGAGAGGCACUGAUGGCCUAUUGGGAAAAGGAGUCCCAAAAACUCUUGGAGAAGGAGAGGCUGGGGGAGUGUGGAAAGGUUGCAGAAGAAGACAAAGAAGAGAGUGAGGAGGAGCUGAUCUUCACUGAAAGUAACAGUGAGGUGUCUGAGGACGUGUACACAGAAGAGGAGGAACAGGACGAAUCCGAGGAGGAAGAUGAGGAAGAAGAGGAAGAAGACAGUGAGGAAGAGGAAAGUACUGAAGCCCCAAAAGGUAUUAAUGGAACUGUAAGUUAUGAUAGUGUCAAUUCUGAAAACUCUCAGCCAAAGAUAUUUAGGAGUCAAGUCGAAAAUAUAAAUUUAACUAAUGGCAACAGUAGUAGGAACACGGAGUCCCCAGCUGCCAUUCACCCUUGUGGAAAUCCUACUGUGAUUGAGGAUGCUUUGGAAAAAAUUAAAAACAACGACCCUGACACCACAGAAGUCAAUUUGAACAAUAUAGAGAACAUCACAACACAAACCCUCACCCGCUUUGCGGAAGCCCUCAAGGACAACACGGUGGUAAAGACGUUCAGCCUGGCCAACACACAUGCUGACGACAAUGCAGCCAAAGCCAUCGCAGAAAUGCUCGAGGUCAACGAGCACAUCACCAGUGUGAACGUGGAGUCCAACUUUAUCACUGGCAAGGGGAUCCUGGCCAUCAUGAGAGCGCUGCAGCACAACACAGUGCUCACAGAGCUGCGCUUCCACAACCAGAGGCACAUCAUGGGCAGCCAGGUGGAAAUGGAGAUCGUCAAGCUGCUGAAGGAGAACACCACAGUGUUGAGGCUGGGGUACCAUUUUGAGCUCCCAGGACCAAGAAUGAGCAUGACGAGCAUUUUAACAAGAAAUAUGGAUAAGCAGAGGCAAAAGCGGAUGCAGGAGCAAAAACAGCAAGAGGGACUCGACGGAGGAUCCAGUCUCAGGACUAAAGUCUGGCAAAGAGGAACACCUGGCUCUUCACCUUAUGCAUCUCCCAGGCACUCUCCCUGGUCAUCCCCCAAACUCCCCAAGAAAGUCCAGACGGUGGCCCCUCCCCCUCCCCCUCCCCCUCUUCCUCCCCAAAUGCUGCCUCCUCCUCCACCUCCUCCUCCUCCUCCACUGCCAGAGAAAAAGCUCAUCACCCGAAACAUUGCAGAAGUCAUCAAACAACAGGAGCAUGCCCAGCGGGCACUACAAAAUGGACAGAAAAAGAAAAAAGGCAAAAAGGCUAAGAAACAGCCCAACAAUAUCUUAAAGGAAAUAAAAAAUUCCCUGAGGUCAGUGCAAGAGAAGAAAAUGGAAGACAAUUCCCGACCUUCUACCCCACAGAGAUCAGCUCAUGAGAACCUCAUGGAAGCGAUUCGGGGAAGCAGCAUGAGACAGCUAAGGAGGGUGGAGGUUCCGGAAGCUCUGCGAUAAAAAACAGGCUCUAGAAGACGACAGAACUAUUGAGUGGUGUUAAAUGACAUGCAUUGUGAGAUGUUUCUAACACACCUUCUUUAACUUGAAGUGAUCCCUGCCUUUAAAGCUAGCCUACCUAGGAUUUCCAAAGAGAAUUUUAAGAAACAAUCAGUGUUUCUUCUGUAAAUAUGAAAAUAAACUUCUUUUUUAUGACAUGAGAUUUAUAUGGGCAGGGAGUGGUUAAAGAUCCUCUUCAUAUCUCUGGAUGUGUUGGUGACUCUGAGUUGUAAUGACUUAUAGAAAUGUGCUGUUAUUUUUGUAAUCCCAAUAAAUUUGGAUUGAAGGUUUAUUUUUUUUAAGCCAAACCAAUAUUUUUUUGAGUUGAUAAUCUGUCAAGUAUGUACAUAACAUUUCUAAAUAUGAAAAAUAUUACGUUUUCACCCAAAAGCAGUUUAAAUUGUUUAAACUUGUUUCCUCAUGGCCAAGAAAAUCUGACUAAAUCUCUUUUGUACGAACUAGAAUCAAUGGGCCAGGGAUGUAGGUCAGUUGUGCUGUGCCUGCCUUGCAAGCACAAGGUCCUGAGUUCGAUUCCCAAUACCAAAAAAAGAGAAAAAAAAACUGGAAUCAGUAAUUUCCUUAAAAGUCUCUUUCGGUAGUAAAAAGUUGGGAAAAAUUCGAAUGUGGUGCUCAUUAUCCUGAAUUUAUUGAUAUCAGAGCCAGAUACUCCUGUAUUUCCACAAGUGUGAUAGGUAGUCAGAAAUCAGUUCAUUUAUUUAUUAUUAAAAUCAACUAUUUCUUGGAGGAAAAAAGUGGAAAGUUAGGAAGUUUCUUAGCAGGGAAGAAAUAGGCCUAUGGGAGUUCCUGAAAAGGAAGACCCCAAAAUUCUGAGCAAGCUUGGAGUUGGUGUUAAAGAUGCACCACUCCAUCUCUUUCAAAACAUUCCCUAAAUAAAGCUUAGUCCAGUGGUUUUGGCUUUUAAAAAAUUGAUUAAUUUUUGCCAUAUACAAAUUGUACUCAUGUCAAUACAAAUACACCCGAGAGCAUGGGCUCAUGAAUUUGCAAUCCCAGCUAUUAUUUUGUUCCACCCUUUGUCACUGAAUAUCUCAAUUCAAAUAAGAAAAAGAAUUAUCAGAGAUUAUCUUUACUCCAUUCUGGGGCUCCUGUGCUAAUUUAUGAAAGCUAUAAAUCCCAUCUAAAAUCCUUUGUAUUAACUGUGAUUAACAAUUUAUCCUUUGCGUCCUACAGUUUAGAACAGUGGCCUUGGUAAGCUUUCUGGGCCACCCA